AAGAGGAUGGCCAAAGCCAACACCACCAGACAGCUUUGGAAGGUCAUCUGGUUUGCUGUCAUCACCAUUUGCGUCAGUCUACAGACAACAGCAGAGCAGUUACAAGAUGCCUACUUCUUGCCUGAAUUUGUCCUUUCCCCACAAGGAAGUUUUUUAGAAGACACCACAGGAGAGCAGUUCCUUACUUACCGCUAUGAUGAUCAGAAUUCAAGAAUCACCCAAUCGAAUGAAGAUAAAGAAGGUGGUUGGGAUGCCUGGGGCACAUGGAGUGAUUGCUCACGCACCUGUGGAGGAGGUGCAUCCUAUUCACUAAGGCGAUGUUUAAAUGGCAGGAACUGUGAAGGCAGAAAUAUCCGAUAUAAAACCUGCAGCAAUAAUGACUGCCCUGCAGACGUUGGUGAUUUCCGUGCCCAGCAGUGUUCAGCCUAUAAUGACGUCAAACACCAAGGACAUUUUUAUGAAUGGAUCCCUGUCUUUGAUGACUCCAACUCUCCAUGUGCCUUGAAGUGCCAGGCUUUGGGGAAACCUCUGAUAGUUGAGCUUGCUCCCAAAGUUCUGGAUGGUACACGCUGUAAUGCCAAGUCCUUGGAUAUGUGCAUCAGUGGAGUAUGUCAGGCCGUAGGCUGUGACCGGCAGCUUGGGAGUCACGCCAAAGAAGACAACUGCGGGGUCUGUUCAGGAGAUGGUUCCACAUGCAGACUGGUGAGAGGGCAGGCUAAGACGCACGUUUCCUCAGAAAAAAGGGAGGAAACCAUGAUUGCUGUUCCACACGGAAGUCACAGUGCAAGAAUUACUAUAAAAGGACCAGCGCACCUUGUGAUUGAAUCAAAGACGCUGCAGGGAGACACUGGAGAACACAGCUUUAAUGCCCCUGGAAUGUACAUCAUUGAAAACACAACAGUUGAAUUUCAGAAGGGCUCAGAGAGAGAAACAAUAAAAAUCCCAGGGCCUCUUGGAGCAGAUUUCAUUAUCAAGGCCAGGUAUACUGCUCCCAAAGACAGUGUGGUUCAGUUCUUCUUCUAUCAACCCAUAAGUCAUCAGUGGAGACAGACAGAAUUCUUCCCUUGCACUGUGACAUGUGGAGGAGGUUAUCAGCUGAACUCGGCAGAGUGUGUGGAUAUCCGUUCAAAGAGGGUGGUACCAGAUCAGUAUUGCCUUUAUUAUCCUGAAAACAAGAAACCCAAACCAAAGCUGAAAGAAUGUAACAUGGAUCCUUGUCCUUCAAGUGAUGGCUUUAAGGAAAUCAUGCCCUAUGAUCAUUUCCAGCCACUUCCCCGCUGGGAGCAUAAUCCUUGGACUGCUUGCUCAGUUUCAUGUGGAGGUGGCAUUCAGAGGAGAAGUUUUGUCUGUGUGGAAGAGACCAUGCAUGGCGAGAUAUUGCAUGUAGAGGAGUGGAAAUGUAUGUAUGCGCCUAAACCCAGAGUCAUGCAAGCUUGCAACCUGUAUGACUGCCCUAAGUGGAUAGCUCUGGAGUGGUCACAGUGCACCGUGACAUGUGGCCGAGGGCUACGCUACCGAGUGGUUCUAUGUAUUGAUCAUCGUGGGCAGCAUACAGGUGGCUGUAAUCCUCAACUCAAGCUGCACAUCAAAGAAGAAUGUCUUGUGCCAGUCCCUUGUUAUAAGCCCAAAGAGAAAAGCCCUGUUGAAGCAAGGGUGCCUUGGUUCAAGCAAGCCCAUGAAAUGGAAGAGAUUAGGACAGUGUCUGAAGAACCCAUGUUUAUCCCUGAGCCGUGGUCCCCUUGCAGUGCUUCUUGUGGUCACGGUACUCAGAUGCGUGAUGUCAAGUGCCGCAUUUAUCUCACGUUUACUCAGGCUGAGGUGGAGCUGCCUGAUGAUGAGUGUGAAGGACCCAAACCGUUGGCUGAGCGGAGUUGCCACCUGGAACCAUGUGAUGGAGAUCCUAUCUCGUACACACCACCUUUUUCACACCCUGAAGAUGCUGGUAAUGUUUUUUACGACUGGGAAUACAUCGGCUUUACUCCCUGCUCAGCUACAUGCAUUGGAGGAACUCAAGAAGCCAUUGCUGUGUGCUUACAUGAGGAGACAAAGCAAACCGUUAACGAUAGCCUGUGUGAUAGUUCAAAGAGACCUCCUCCAAUGACUCGUGUGUGCAGUACAAGACUUUGUCCUCCAAGAUGGCAAGUAGGACCCUGGAGACAAUGUACUGCCGCUUGUGGCAUUGGCAUCCAGACAAGAGAGGUGCAUUGCCAGCAACCUGAAGGCUCUGUUGUUGGAGCUGAAAGCUGCAAAGAUCCAAAGCCUCACUCUUUACAACCAUGCAACCAAGUUGACUGUCCCCCACUUUGGCAUGUUGAAGAAUGGCAACAGUGCUCCCAGACUUGUGGUGGAGGCAUCCAGAAUCGCAAGGUGACCUGCCAGCAGUUGUUGAUAGAUGGAAGCUUUCUGAAACUCAGUAAUGAGAAGUGCCCUGAACCUGGACUGCCCAGCUCCAGAGCCUGUGCAAAAAUAGACUGCCCUCCUCAGCUGGUGGUGGGACAAUGGUCUAGGUGCUCUGUAAGCUGUGGGGCUGGCACACAAAGAAGGAAAGCCACCUGCCAGAAGCUCACUGCCAGAGGCCAGCAUCUGGCAUUGAACAGAUCCCUGUGUAGCAGCUUUCCAGCAUCCCCACUUGUAAGGCCUUGCCACAGGAAUGCCUGUAAAAAUAUAAAAGAAGAAAAGAAACCCAAACUUUUUGACAAGCCACAGAUACUUGGUAUCCACAAAGUCUAUAUUCAGACAAGGCAAGAGAAACGCAUUAAUUUCACUGUUGGGAGCCGAGCUUAUCUAUUUCCCAAAACAUCUGUUAUCAUCAAGUGCCCUGUUCGACGAUUCCAGAAGACACUUAUCCAAUGGGAGAAGGAUGGGCAGCCACUCCAGAUUUCUAAACGGCUUGGUGUCACCAAAUCAGGAUCUCUCAAGAUCAAUAGUCUUGAAGCUUCAGAUAUUGGAGUGUAUAAGUGUGUUGCAGGAUCUGCCCAGGAGGUCUUUGUUCUUAAGCUCAUUGGCACUAGCAACAGGUUAAUGGAACCUACCACCAGUGGGAAAGAUGCAGUUGAGAGUGACAAUACAGAGCACAAUGAGGCUGACAGCUUUGGAGCAAAAUGGCACCAAAUAAGCCAGAUGUGGCAGUUGUGGAGCCAGAAAAGUCAACAGUAUCUGCGUGAUGGACAAGUGAAUGACCAGCCUUUCUUAGAACAUCUUAAAACUCAGAGGAGAACUUCGGCAGAAGGAUACAGCUCUCGUGACUUCACAACCAAGCAACUCAAAGGAGUUGUUUUACCUAAUGCUUACAGUAUGGAUACAAUCCAUUUUGAAGAGCUGAUAAAAAACAUGAGCCAUCUUAUUGAGGCUGGAGAAAUUAGCAAUGAUUUGGCUUCCCAAUUUGUAUAUCAGUUGAUUGCUGAGUUAGUGAAACCAUCACAGUCUGUUCCUAACAAGCAAAAGGAGUCAGAAAAUGAGAAAUUCUCUGCCAGGAAACUUGACAAAUCCCAAAGAGUGACUGAUAAUCUCAGCACAAAAACUGUAGGCAACCCAGUAGUGAGAAACUCAAAAGGUGCAAUUAUUGUCAGGCCCAAAGAAGGGCCAAAGGUUUAUUCAAAUGAAACUGUAACUCUGCAAAUUGGGGGUACAUUUUUUUUAACCAAGAAUGUCAGCACAAUAAAUUUGCUUUGUGAAACUGCUGGAUUUAGCAAUCUUACAUAUACUUGGACCAAAGAUGGAGUACCAUUAAAGCCUUUUGAGAAAGUGAUUUUGGAAGCCAAUGGCCAAGUCCAAAUUUUGAACCCUACUGGAAAAGAAAUGGGGGUGUAUUGUUGCACAGUAGGCAAUGAGUUGGUUUCCGACAUGGAGAGUUCUGCACUGUUCUACGCAGAAGCUCCUGCUAUAUUGUCUUCUGAAAAAAAAAUUGCCAGUUUUGAGCUUAAGAAUCUAUCUGUCUCUGUUGGAGGUACAGUCCUAGCAAGAACAGGUGCAAACAUUCUUCUGGAAUGUCCAGUCAAAGGUAUUCCCCAACCGGAGGUCCUGUGGUUCAAAAACAAGAGCUCCCCAAGAAAUUCUGCUUUUCCAAUAGUUAACAGCUCCUCCUUAUUCCUGGGCAAUGUUUCGGGCAAAGAUGCUGGAAUUUACACUUGUGUGGCCACCAACGCUGUGGGACGUGCUACGGCAGCAACUGUUCUUCAAUUGGCUGGACGAAGAUUCCAGAAACCACACAAUGGAUCCUCUAGCAGUAGUAAAAGAAAACGUGUUCUCAUGGCAUCUGGAAUUGGCACCAAUGUUACUGUGGCAGUUGGCGAUACAUUACGAAUAGGUUGUCCAGUAUAUCCUAGCGCAAAUAACACAAUUCGCUGGUUUGUCAGAAAUCAACCAAUAGAAGAAAUCAAAGACUUCAGGCACAAGACCCUGGUUGGGGGACGCAUCCUUGAAUUCAUCAUUGCCUCUGACCAGUUUGCUGGACAAUACAAGUGCUGUGCUUCGUCAAAUGUCAAGCCAUUGUCUGUUUGGGUAAAUGUCAAGAAGGAAGAAUAUCGAUGGAAGCUUAGUGAAUGGAGUCCGUGCUCAACUACUUGUCGGAAUUUGGGAACCCACUUCCAAAAAUUUCUAUGUGUGAACAUGAAAGAUCAAAAUGUGAAUGCUUCAUUAUGCAAGGACAGUCAAAAGCCAGUUGUAAAUGACCAGUCCUGCAAUAUUCAAGAUUGUCCUGCAAGAUGGGCAACAACAGCCUGGUCUGAAUGCUCUGCUUCAUGUGGCCAUGGAUUUCAUCGGCGGAGAAUAGUCUGCAAGCAAGUCAAAGCCAACCGCCGUGUCUUAACAUUGCCUCCAGGUGCUUGUGCAGACCAAGAGCGUCCUUUGGAACUGAAACCUUGUGUGGGGCAUUUUUGUGCAGAAUGGAUUGUUCAUCCAUGGGGCCAGUGCACUGGACGCUGCAUAAACCGUGGAGUGGGCUUACAACACCGUCUCAUUCAGUGUCAGUCUCAGAAUGGAUCAGUAGUACUGAACUCACUCUGUGAUAGCAAGAAAAGGCCAUCCAUUAGAAGAAACUGUUCUUCAGAUAGUUGUGAUGUGUAUUGGAGAACAGGUCCCUGGCGUCCUUGCCCUGUAGACUGCGGAAGUGGCUUCCAGUCACGACAGGUCAGCUGUGUACAUAGGAAAAAGAGGAGAUUGGUGGCAGAUCAGUUCUGUGCCUGGCAGAAGAGACCGAUGACCUGGCAACACUGCAGUGUCACUUCUUGUGACAGUAUGUAAAAUAUUUUACUUCCAUUUCUCACCUUGCCAGUUGCUUGUGGCAAAUUGCAUUUAGGACCUGGUGUGGCGGAACUUUAGCUGUAGAAAGAACCUGAUAAACCCAUGUUCUCCUAAACAGUUGCUGAGUGACUUAGCCCCAGUUCAGUAAGCAGUAAAAAGAAGAAUGAAAAAAGCCAAAGAAUGCCCAGGUUAGCCCCAGACUGUCCUAUGGACUGGAUCAAUAUCCAUUAAUGUAACUUGUUCAUGAAUGAGUCUCCAGAGAGUCUGCACAUUACUCCACAGUAGUUUUGAAAAAGACACACAAGGCAAAAAGAGAGGAUAAUUGAUGUUUUAUCUAGGUCUUACAUCUGUGUUUGCCAGACGGGAGAUACUGGCCGUAAGACAUCAGCAUCCAAGCAUCAUUUAUUGCGAUGACAUAAACUUUCCUGUUUCCUUUUUGUCACAUUUCAAUAUAUUUUUCAGAGGGCGACUGCAAGGACACCACUCACUACUGUACAUUUGUAAAGCAUCUAAAAUUAUGCUUAGUAGACCUCUACAAGCAAAGGUGUUGUCAGUCAUGUGGAGAAGGUUAGUCUUUUAUGGGAAGCGUAUGAUGCCACAACAAAAAGAUCACAAGAAGAGAAUUUUCAUUCAGUUCAGUCUGUUCUGGAGUAGAAUGAAGACUAUCAACAAGGAAGACAUGGGGUCGCUGAACUGAUAAUAUGAAUUCAUAGUUUGGACAAAACAUUUUCUCUUCCCGGUUCCUCCUGCACUCCUUAAUGCCUUUUACAAUAACAAACCUCAACGGUUGUUUUAAAUAAUCAUGAUCCACUGAUUAUACUACUUGAAAGCACCUUUCCUAACCUGGUGCCCUCCAGAUGUGAUGAAAUUGCAACGCUGACUUUCCGACUAGUGUUAUCAAGAAAGCCACCUGCAGCCUUGGAGAACAACUUCUUUAAUGAGACAAUGAGAAUUCAUUGGAUUUAAGUAAUGCUACUGACAGUACAAAGACAAUUGAAGAUUAGUGAAGACAACCUUUAAAAAUAUACUGGAAUCAGCAAUCACUCUGCUUUGCUUGUCACCUUGAUUUAAUCCACUUUAAGACAAUUUUCAAAAAGUAUAGAAAUAGCGUCAUUUCCCCCCCCCC